ACCCACGUCACAGAGACGAGCAUCCACAUCAAUGAAAAGGUGACGCGCUCUGCAGCUACGUGUGUGCUCCGCUGUGUGUGCGCGCUCCGGCUGCGCUGCUGCUGCCGCACAGCAACCAGGUGGAGAGAUGAAGCCCAACUCAGCAGAGAGCAUCACGGGCCGACGAUGACGAGAAGACGGCGAAUGAUGGAGGAUCGCCCCACCGAGACGGAAUAGAGCAGAUCCGCAGCUAUGAGCUCCUCCUUCCCCAAAUCUGAAUCCACGACCUCCUUGUUGAAAUCGUCCGCGGCGGCGAGGAGACCGACACACCUCCCUGAGCGCACAGCAGAGAGCCGGAGAAGUCAGCAUCACCAGCCGCAGCAUCAGCACCAGCAUCACCACCGUCCCGCCGCCGCGCUCCGGAGCAGCGGCAGCAAAGCCGAGGAGUCCUUCUGGUCGGCCGAGUGCGACGUCAGCGCCCGGAGACCCCUGUGCCACCCCUCCCUCGUCGGCAGCCCGGACAGUAGUGAUCACGCAGCCACUCGGGACAAGUGCAAGUCUCAUGCCCCGACCCACAGCCAAGUUCCCGACCCGCCAAACAGCGGCGAGGCGGACCGAGGUGUGAGGGAGCGCUGCAGGUCCUCCAAACCCACACACCGGCACCACCACCGCAGGAAGCACACCCGGGAGGACCGUCCUCCGGCGGCAGGGGCACCCGACCCCGAGGAUCCCCGUCGCUGCCACACUCAUAGCAGCCCGGUCCCCAGGGUGCCCUCGCUGUCGGACAGCAACGACGACAGGACUCCUCUCUGUGAGCCGAGGGACCGUCAGGGAGCCGGUUUGGCCAACAGUGCAGGAGGCCAGGUCCCCAGUCCCUCCCCGUCCUCAUGCUCCCUGGUCCCGCUGUCCAGCAGGUCAUCCCGUCGCUCCCGGAGGUCCAGUGCUGCUUCUUCUGCAUCCGAUGUCAAUUUAUGCACCAUCCUCAAUUCACUCUUUGGACAGAUGCUCCGGGACGCUGAGAGGAGACUCAGAGGGGGGCUGCCCUGUGAGGAGAUGGGCCAUGCAGGGUAUCGCCAGCCUUAUCAGGAGUCCAUUGUUUCCAUGACACAAAACUGCGUUCUCGUGAGCAACAUACUGGGACAAACCUGUGUCUUCCUGAGUAAUGGCGUGGCCAAGUGCAGGCAGACUGACAGAGAGCUGCGGCCAGAGGAAAUGGAUGAAUUGCGCGACGCUUUCAAAGAGUUUGACAAGGACAAGGAUGGUUUCAUCAGCUGCAAAGACCUGGGAAACUGUAUGAGAACCAUGGGAUACAUGCCCACUGAAAUGGAGCUGAUUGAGCUGAGCCAACAGAUAAACAUGAACUUGGGAGGUCAUGUUGAUUUUGAGGAUUUCGUAGAGUUGAUGGGUCCAAAACUCCUCGCUGAAACGGCUGACAUGAUCGGAAUAAAGGAGCUAAAAGAUGCGUUCAGAGAGUUUGACACUAAUGGAGAUGGUGCCAUAAGCACAUCCGAGCUCCGAGAUGCAAUGAGAAAGCUGUUGGGCCAACAGGUGGGUCUAAAGGAAGUAGAAGAUAUCCUGCGGGAUGUUGACUUAAAUGGAGACGGGCUUGUUGACUUUGAAGAGUUUGUACGAAUGAUGUCUCGCUGAGGUCACAAAAAGAUCGGUCCUGAAUGUGAAGCUGUGUCCUUCUCUGUACUUGACCGAGUACGACAGAGGACCAUGCUGAGAUCUUCUGAGCCGUCCCAAUCUGAAUCAAACUGGAAUCACAUUUCCUUGAAUGUUACGGAGAAAAGCGUCACCUCUCACUUUCAAUCAAUAAGUGUUCUUCCUGAAAAGUCUCCGGUUCGAGUGAGGCGAAAUUUGCUGUAGCCUAGCUGAUGAUUGUUCAAUUUAGGUUUUUGCACUUUAAUUCUCACUAAAUAACUUCCUGUGUGGAUAGAAUGCUGGUGUCUCGUCUCCUCUUCUACGUGGCUAAUAUAAGUGUUUCGCAUAACGUCGCCUUAUGUGAAUAUCACAGUCAGGAUUAGAGAAUUAAUGCCUAUAGAAAAGAUUGAGAAGACUGUUAAACGUUACGUUUCAUUUCCACACAGUAUGUGUUAUAUUAGAAGUUAUAAGUGGAAUGUCCUUUGUGUGACACUGGUGCUCCACCAAGGAACCAACGUGGUAAUAUCACACCUGUAUUGUAACCGUGUGACCAUCUGUGAUUUCUCACUGUGCCAGUCCAGUAAACAGAAGCAUCAACUGUCUGACAGCUACAUGCAAUGAAACAGCAGAUCUCUGAAAUCGAUGAGCAGCAGAACUCAGAAAUACAGUUCAUAUACAGUAUCUCAUUCUGCAUGGUCUGGAUCAGGGACAGUUGAAAAACCAUUUAAAGGAGACAUAUGGGGCUUUUUAUCAGUUUUUCUUUCCUCUAGUGUGUUUUAAAGAGCCACAGAAAACACUGCUCCUGAAGCUCCUCGUCACCAGUUAAAACCAGUUAAAGCGAGAGCAGAGGUCAAUAUUUCCUACAGGAGCUGCAGCAUUGGCCAAUAUGAGGAAUUUAUGAACAUGAAUAAUUGCAUUAUAUGUCUCCUUUAAAAAGAUGCAUAGCUCUCUUUCAAAAGCCAGAACACCAAAGUGCUCAGUGACACUAGCCUGCUGUGGUUUGCAGCAUCCAAUGCAGUGUAAAUGGAGCCUCUCCACACUGUCUGACAGCGCUCACAGGUUUGAAUUCCUGUAAUCUGUAACCUUGCUUUGGGAACAAGUAAUGUCAGUUUUCAAAAAAUCACCACGACCCUGUCUGUGAACACACCGUAGGAAUGACAUUUGUUGACUGUAUAUGCAGUGGAUGUGAUUAUGUUGUACCUGUACUGUAUGUCAGUGUCAAUAUGAAUCUAGUUGUGGUAAUGUUCCACACAUCCGUGUUGUCGAAGCAAUUUUUAUGCAUGCCAAAGAGAGAAAUUUAUUAAAUUUAGUAUGCACAUUACAUUUUUUUGUCUAAGGAAGUAAAUACAAUAAUUUCGCCAAGUUGACUGUAUAAAAAAAUAAAAGGUGUCUACAUUUGA